UGACACUACCCAGAAGACUCGUGGAAAUAGCCGGUAGGUAUUUCCACUCUCAAUUCCCCUCCACAUACCAGAAAAUAUGAAUUAUCCAAUCCCUCUUUCCCUUCUCUUCUCUCUCCUCCAUCUAUUCCCUCUCUCAUUACAACAAACCCUCUCCUCUUAAUCUCAUCUCAAGAGAUCAAAACCAAGAAAACGACCAUGCUUAUAAACCUCUCCUCUUCCUCCCAACGUCCUCCUUUCUCUCUCACCCGAUUGAUCAAUUCAAGAUCACCCAUCUCUCAUUUUCCUCCAAAUUACAAUACCCACUUCUCAAAAUCCCUUUCCACUCCUCCGUCACACCUCAAUUUUCAUUUCAAGAAUCGGUUUUUAUAUGGAAAGACUCGGGUUUCACUUGGGAAGAGACAAGGUUUUAGGACUAGGGCGUUCUCUGGAUUUGAUUUUAGUGGUUUAGAAGCAGCUGCAGUGUUGACGGCCAUCAUUGUUGUGCACGAAAGUGGUCAUUUUUUGGCAGCUUAUCUCCAAGGCAUACAUGUAAGUAAAUUCGCAAUUGGGUUUGGUCCAGUUUUAGCUAAAGUCAAUUCAAAUAAUGUGGAGUACUCAAUUAGGGCAAUUCCCCUUGGUGGGUUUGUGGCUUUUCCUGAUAAUGAUCCUGACAGUGAUAUCCCAGCAGAUGAUGUGAAUUUGCUUAAGAAUAGACCAAUCUUUGAUAGGGUUCUUGUUGUUUCUGCUGGUGUCAUUGCCAACUUUGUGUUUGCUUAUGUGAUCAUCUUAACCCAAGUGUUGUCUGUUGGAUUGCCUAUUCAAGAGGCCUUUCCUGGAGUUCUUGUACCAGAGGUUCGAGCCUUUUCGGCUGCUUCCCGAGAUGGGUUGCUCCCUGGCGACGUAAUUAUGGCGGUUAAUGGGAUUCAGUUACCCAAAAAAGGGCCUAAUCCGGUUUCUGAGGUUGUUAAUGUCAUUAAGAAAAGUCCCAGGAGAAACGUGUUGCUCAAAGUUGCUAGAGGAGAUGAGAACUUUGAAAUUGGAGUUACCCCAGAUGAGAAUUCGGAGGGUUUGGGUCAAAUUGGAGUUCAAUUAUCACCAAAUGUUAAGCUCUCCAUGGCUAGACCAAGCAAUCUUUUAGAAGCUGUGAACUACUCUGGACGGGAGUUUUGGGGUUUGUCAUCUGAGGUUGUCGACGGCUUGAAACAGAUUUUUGUCAAUUUUGGGGAUUCAGCAGACAAAUUUUCAGGUCCUAUUGCCAUUAUAGCUGUUGGUGCUGAAGUUGCGAAGUCGAACAUUGAUGGACUUUACCAAUUUGCAGCUCUGCUCAAUAUUAACCUUGCAGUACUAAACAUCCUUCCUUUGCCUGCUUUAGACGGUGGAACUUUGGCUUUGAUCCUCAUUGAGGCAGCUAGAGGUGGGAGAAAACUCCCUUUAGAAUUAGAGCAGCAAAUAAUGUCAUCGGGGAUCACGCUUGUUCUAAUUAUUGGGGUGUUUCUUAUUAUCCGCGACACACUUAACCUUGAUUUUAUCAAAGAUAUGUUGUGAUUGGUGGGUAAGUUUGAACACAAUUUGAGUUUUGGAAGAACUUUGUGAGGAAUGAAUUUGAAAUUCGACUCAGACGAUGGUGGUCAUGUUCUAUAAAGGAGACGAAACCAAGUUCACCUUGGUAAUGGUUGCUUGGAGUGAUUUGGUGCUACUACAAAGAAAAUUUGUGGCAUGUUAUAUCUGCCUCCUUUUUCUUAAUCUGUUUCAUCCAACAUUGACUUCCUCAGUUUCAUAUAUACCUCCAUGUCUAAGAUAUUGGUUAAGGCUGCAUGUUUAGGGAUUUUUGUCCAGCCUCUGGGAAUUUAUGCUGAUAUAAGUUGAAUUCCUUUGUUGCACGUGGUUAUUUAGAAUAGUUGAAUUCAACAAAUCAAGUCUUCUGAUGAUGGCUUUUCUCAGUUUUGUAUCAUCGAAAGGCACUGGGAAGUUACUUUUUCUCCGUCAAUACAUAUUGUGUGGUAUAA